GCGGGGGACCCAUUUUUAAGUCGAUGGACCGAUGCUAUCCUCUUACAUAAGGGAUAUCAAAUGAAGCCCUCAGAUGGCGAAUCCUCUUCCAAUGUGCUUGCUUUUAGUAUGUUCUUCUUCGUUCUUUGAUAUAUUUUAGUCCGUUGGUAUAUGCAUCGAUCCUCUCGGUGCUUGAAGCAUUUGAAGUAAUAGUUAUUGCCGAUGCCGGAUUCUUCAACCCCCCUGCCCUCCCAGUUUGAUGACUCGUCUCUGGCUGUCCGAGUUCCCUCCAAUACGGCAAAUGUCACAACUGCACAGGAGAAGCCCACGACAGACAACAGUCGAACCGAGACGGAAUCAACAGAGGAGCCCGAAUUCAAGGAAGGAGGCUAUGGCUGGGUUGUUGUUGCUUCAAUAUUCCUCGUAAAUGCUCAUACCUGGGGUUUGAAUUCGUCAUACGCCGUCUUCCUAGCCUACUAUCUUCAUUCUGGCACAUUCCCGGGUGCUUCCCCCCUUGCCUUCGCGUUUGUAGGCGGCCUAUCCAUAUCAAUAGCACUGCUCGUGUCUCCGCUGGCUACGAUAUGUAUCGGCAAAUUUGGCACGGCUACAACGUUGAGGAUAGGGGUCGUAUUUGAGACAGCAUCCUUCAUCGGAGCCUCCUUCACUUCGGAAAUAUGGCAUCUCCUGCUCAGUCAAGGAAUUGCCUUCGGGAUAGGAAUGGGAUUCCUGUUCACGGCGACCGUCGGGCUCGUCCCUCAGUGGUUCACUAAGCGCCGUUCAUUUGCGAAUGCCAUGUCGACCGGCGGCUCCGGUUUCGGUGGGCUCAUCUAUUCUCUUGCGACAAAUGCCAUGAUAUCCAACCUCGGCCUGCCGUGGGCCUUCAGGAUCCUGGCCAUCAUAGCCUUCGUCGUGAACGGUAUCUGCAGCUUUACCUUGCGGGAUCGAAACAAGGCUGUUGGAGCUGUCCAUGUCGCCUUCCACAAGGGCAUUUUCAAGAAAUUUGAGUUUUGGCUCUUCGUUUUCUGGGGUUUCUUUUCCAUCCUUGCAUAUGUCAUUGUUGUCUUUUCCCUGGCGGAUUACUGCCAGAAGGUCGGCUUCACGGCCAGCCAAGGCUCCAUUGUGGCGGCAAUAUUCAACCUUUCGCAAGGCAUAGGGAGGCCCCUCAUUGGCCUCGUUAGCGACAAGGUCGGGAGGAUGAACAUUGCCGGCCUCGGCACUCUGAUCGCAGCGAUAGCUGUCUUCUUCUUGUGGAUUUUCGCCGGCAAGUACUAUGCUGGCGUGAUCAUAUAUAGUCUUGUCGGAAUGUUCGCAGGCAUCUUGUGGCCUACCGUUGCUCCCGUCGGUGCAGAGGUCGUGGGUCUCCAGUUGUUACCUGCAGCAUUAUCCAUUUACUGGAUUAUACUUGUCCUGCCAGCCACCUUCUCCGAGGUCAUUGGCCUGAGUCUUCGGACGAAUGGCACAGACGGAUACAUCAAUGUCCAAGUCUUUACUGGUCUUAUGUAUUUGGCAGCAUUCAUCUCAAUUUGGACCCUCAGAAGUUGGAAGCUACAGGAGAUGGAUAUGCUGGGUUUGUCUAAGGAGCAAAGGGAGGCCGAGACCGGCGCCAAUGAUGCAGUCGCCGUUCCACAAGAGGACGCGGCGAGAGUCGCAUCUGCCAAAAGAGAAUCAAGUGUGCUGAUUUCGUACGUAAGAGGCUUUUUUGCCAUAGAACAUGUAUAACACUCUGUAUCUUGUUUAGCUCUAUCCAUAUAUAGGCCUUCUACAUAGGCCAUAAUUUGC